AUGCUCAUCCAGCUCUUGCAGUCCUUCCAGAUAUCACUGGGAGAUGUUCUCAAUGUCGUCAUAUUCAUAAUCUUCCUUCUAGGCAUUGGCUUUGCUAUUGCUGUACAAUUUGGGAGUUCCUAUCAAACACACAGAAGGUUAAGAAAUUUGCAAAAUGUGGGCUCGGUCACCAGCAAGAUGGCAGACCAGUAUAACCCUAAAUUCGGCCUGACACCAAGCGCCGGGAUGGGCGGCCCAGUGCGAAUCAAAUCAUUAUAUCUUCACCCUGUCAAAUCUUGCGGCCCUAUCGAGGUUGACCGAGCCUUGCUCACUAAGACCGGGUUCAUGUACGACAGAUGCUUUGCUUUAGCAACGGAGAAUCAUGACCAAGAUACUGUUGCGGCCUCGACAUGGCGUUUCAUCAGCCAGCGCACGAAGCCCCUCAUGUCACUAGUUAGGACAGAGAUAUGGCUUCCCCAUGGGGAAAGUGAUACAAGGGAUUUUUUGGUUCAGUCGGGUGGAUGUCUGGUCAUGAAGUUCGAUGAUCCAGACAUACCCAGUUGGAUCAACCAAAUCGAUGCUUUCUUCCAGACAUGGAACCCUUUUUCGAUUCCAGAAAUAACCAUCAUUGUGCCGCUCAACCUGGAGGCCUCCCGGCUCGAGGAAAAUCAAACGAAAUUGAAGACUUUUGGUAUCCAUAGUCGUGAUGCAAUGGGUCUUGAUUAUGGCGGCAUUCCUUCUGUUGCAGCAGCCUUACCAAAGCUAAAGAGAUUCCUGGGUAUUCCAGCAAGCCAAAGCCUCACUCUUUUCAAAUGUACCCCAGAUACAUUGACGCGCACCGAUAAGAACCUUGCGCCGCUGGAACACAUUGGCACCCCAGCCGUGCAUGGCUACACAGAUCAACAGCCUAUCAACAUCAACAGUCUGUCUUCAGUCCAUGCUGUAUCUGCCCUUCUUCCUCCCGAAAAUCAGCCAAUGAAUGCGCUUCGUUUUCGCGCAAAUAUCUGGAUCACCAAUGCACCUGCCUUUGAAGAAGAGACGUGGAAGCGCUAUCGCAUUCUACCAAAGAGCAAUAGCACAAGACCACGAGCGGACAUAGCACCGACACUGUCUGUUGUGUGUCGUACAUCCAGAUGUACUAUGCCCAAUGUCAACCCGGAUAAAGGGACAUUUGACACCGACAUCCCACGCCCUGAGAAGAAACGAGGGAAACCACAACCAAGCACUACACUAGUGGAGCAUCGUACAAUUGAGACUGGAAACAAAUCUGCACUCGGCUAUCUUGGCAUGCAUUGUGUACCCGAGGAUUCGACCUUGAAGAGAGCCGAGGAGCAGGAGUUAGGAUUAUACGUUGAAGUUGGCGACGAAAUUGAGAUUCUGGAACGGGGGACUCAUCUCUAUGGAUCAACGGGUAAUGAUUAUUAG